AGAAUAUUCUGACCCAUCAGUUACACAGAAAUAAUAGCAAACAGUAUCAACCUUUGCUGUCUCAGAUCCAUUUGUUUACCCAUUUUAACUGCGAGGACCAAGUUUGAAAUACCGUUCGGUGAAAGAAUAUUUUAUGUAUUUGGUGACAUUGAUGUGUUGAAGUAUUGCGGUGGAUAAGUCUUGGGGAGUUUUAGUUUCACAGUUAGUCGUUCAGCAGUCAGAGAGCUCAACUCCGCAAGUGAAUAAAGUGAACGGCAGGAAGUGGCAGUGAAGGCAGUUCCACACCUUUCCGGUGUAUCAGCGCCGCGACCAGCUCGGCUUCAAUAAGAAAGCCUACUACUGGGAGAUUUAACCGAAAGUGGUGUGCCGAACGGAGGGGGGCGAGACGUGGAGUUUCCCGGUUGAGUGCAUGUGUUGCUGAGUCACCGAGGACCUCAGCAACCGGGAAGUUGAAGUUUAACAGCCGCAAAGCUUUGGCUGGAAUUGCGUUAGCCGCAGAAAGCUGCUUUUCUUCCCGGCAGUGCUGACCGAGAGCCGGGACGCAGCCGGUAAAGGAGCAGCGUCACACGUCGCCUGAGGGACUUCACAACGGCGUUUAGUGGUACAAUAUUCCCUUGUUAUACACCCCAGCCUGUAGGUGGAAACCCCUCCUUUGAUUGAUUCGGGCAAAAAUGCCCGUCGCGCAACAGCUUGCUGCCAAGUUUGUAGAGUAACGAAGCAUGGUGUGAACAGGCCUUGCGCGCACACAGUGCUACUUUGAAUGUACACGUCCAAGCACCUCACAGAAUAGCAAGCUCUUGUAGUUGACCUCAACAUGAGCGUGUUUUCCUAAUAUUGUUAUUGGUAGUCAUGCUUUCGUCCAUAAGCCUGUAACUGAACUGAAGCUGUUUUAGAAUAAGCAGAUUGCUCCUGCCUGAUUUUCUCAUUACCAGCAAGGUAUAUUUAUGCACAAGAAUUGAAAAUGGGGAAAAUGCUCUCGAAGAUAUUUGGGAACAAGGAGAUGAGAAUAUUAAUGCUUGGACUUGAUGCUGCCGGAAAGACAACAAUCCUCUACAAACUGAAACUGGGACAGUCGGUCACCACGAUCCCCACAGUGGGCUUCAACGUGGAGACCGUCACCUACAAAAAUGUCAAGUUCAACGUGUGGGAUGUCGGCGGCCAGGAUAAGAUUCGCCCCCUGUGGCGACACUACUACACAGGCACCCAAGGGCUCAUUUUUGUGGUGGAUUGCGCUGACAGGGAUCGCAUCGAUGAGGCGCGGCAGGAACUCCACCGCAUCAUCAAUGACAGGGAGAUGAGGGAUGCCAUCAUCUUGAUAUUCGCCAAUAAGCAAGACCUUUCAGAUGCCAUGAAGCCACACGAAAUCCAAGAGAAACUCGGAUUAACGCGCAUCCGAGAUAGGAAUUGGUAUGUUCAACCCUCGUGUGCGACCACAGGUGAUGGACUCUAUGAGGGCCUGACAUGGCUAACCUCCAAUUACAAAUCUUAAUGAUUGAGUGCUGACUGUUUUAGGUCAAAACUAUAAUAAAGUUACAAAGAACCUCUCCAAUGAGUAUGGUUAAGUACAAAUUGAUUAGCCUCAUUUAUUUUUUAAUACUGCAUUUACCCCAUGACUAAUUUAUCUGCAGAUUGGAUUGCUGGUUUAAAAAAAAAAUGCUUGUCCUGUGUAGCAGACUUUUUAUCACAACAUUUUAGGGCUUGCUUCUUGAAUAUUCAAUUAAUCGGUUCUAUUGUGGAAGCCACAAACAGUUCACCACCUUUGCCUGCUUUCCUGUUUUAUAUCAUUUUUCUAACAAUGAUGAAUUUCUCUGCAUUCUUAGGCUGGGUUCUUUUGCUUGUUUUCUGUUAAAGGAGAUCUUAAAUGUUUGGACUUUGACCCAGUACUAUGGUGAAUAGUACUUCUUAGAAAGGUAUUGAAUGCUGCAAAUGAGAUAUUGCCAUCUGUCUUGACUUGAGGGGAAAAAUACUCCCCAUUUCAUCAGCCCUCUCACUCAUCCCCCCCCUAUAUGGGCUAUAUAGUAAACUGAUGUGUCAUGUCUUGAUUCCUAAUUGUGCUAUUAAACAAAUGGGCCUCCAGUAAUUCUUAACAUGCUUGUUGCAUUUUUUAGUUUCGGGGAGGAAACACACUGGGUUAAGUCACCCCCAAAGGAAUGUUCUUCAGCUCAAGAGUUCUCUCGAUCUGAUAUUGAUUAGUCUCAGUAUUGGGACAUGAUAUGAUAGCCUAUAUCUGUAGCAUGAAGUGCAGCAAACCACCACCAGGGACCAGCUGUCAUACGGUCAAAAGUGUGGAAGAUACCUUGUGCUGCAGCACCUGUUUUGAUCAGGGUGGGGCGGGGAUCCAUGUCCAGAUCUUGUCAUUGUAAUGUCUUAUUAAAAAAGUGAUUUGAA